GUUGAAGUUGGACUCCCGCGGUGUAUUGCGCGAUGUUUACCACCUGCUUCUCGAGACUACGUUUUCAAUCCGCACUUUUGUGAAGAUGAGGUGGUUUCUAGUCCUCGUUUUGUGCCAGUUGGCGUCAACUGCGGCAUCUGACCAUGUGAGGUUCACUGCCUCUUUCCCGGCGACGAAGAAAGUCGACGAAGACUUGAUCGAGAGAUGCCUAAAAUCCAGUUUCGACAAAGUGCACCUCCAGGAGCAAGAGAUGAAAGAGUUGAAAAUUCUGCACAUCGACCCACCCUCACCACUUCAGCUGCGACAAAGGCAGCUCGGAUAUCCUAGCAGCAAGGUUACGUUCGAGUCCAAGAUCGAGAUCAGCAAGACUGAAGAUUUGGACCUGUCGUCGUCGUCGUCUUUUCUGAGGCCAACACCAGCCGUAUUCUUUGUCCUUGACGAUCUUACAGAGACAUGGGGAAAGCUAUGGUGCGAGUGCCUAGAAAUCGACUUCAAGUGCGUUAUCGAGUGGGAACCUUGAGUGAGAAGAGUCGACUCCCCUGCCUUUCUCGCAUUGCUAGAUUGGGAUUCAGAAUUCAAUCAUUGGCUCUCGGAAUCAAACUCACCCUCUUCGUCUCGACUGGGUCCGGUUCCAGUAACCGAGUAUUUGGAAAGCUUUAAAAACAAGUUACAUUAGCUGACUCUACCUCCAUGCAUGUAGUAGAUUUAAUAGCAUUCGCUGUACUAGUAGUAGACCAUGGUAGACACCCCA